ACAGCAGAACCAUGGUCUCUCUCAGUUUGCUGCUUGCCUUAAUGCUUCUGAACUCCAGCCUGCUGAUAUCAGCAAGUGGUGGUCGUUAUCGUGAUGGUCAUGGUUAUCACGAUGGUCAUGGUUUUCACGACCACGAUGGACACGGUUUUCACAAUGGACACGGUCAUGGAUUUCACGACCACGAUGGACACGGUUUUCACGAUGGACACGGUCAUGGUUUUCACGAUCACGAUGGUCAUGGUUUCCACGGUGGACAUGGUCAUGGUGGCCAUGAUGAUGGCUGCAGAAGGUCUACUGAUACUGAAACUGUAUGUGAAGACCAUGUCAUGCAGCUGUCCUGUCCUGGACGCAAGAUCAAGAUACUUAAUGCAAACUAUGGACGUACUGAUAGCAGUACCUGCAUUACGAAUCGUCCACCAGGUCAAAUCCUAAACACCAACUGCCAUUCAUCCUUUUCUCUGUCUGUUGUGUCAGGAAGCUGUGAUGGACAUGAGAGCUGCUCUGUACCAGCCACCAACGGUGAAUUCUCUGAUCCAUGCUUUGGCACAUACAAGUUCCUGACAGUCAAAUACUGCUGCAGAUAUCGUUGGAGCUGAUCUUGUGGUUUCUCUCUCUGCCAGCAUCUCCACAUUGGGGUUUACUUGAAUAAAAAGCUUUAAUGCAAA